AUGAGAAUCCAUACCUCAACUGUUGGAACUAGUGGAGAAUCGAGAGAGAACGAGAGCUGGAAAGUUCGUAUGAAAACCGGCCUGAAACUUGCAAUUUUCGGUGGCUUGCGACAGUUCCUGGGGUGGAGAUCAAUUGGGGUGGAAGAGGAGAGUGGCCCGAUUCGUUUGCGACCGGUGCUGUCGAUCGAGGUGGCCGGAGAUGGUGGUGGCGUGGAGAAAUCCGAUCAACUGUAG